AUGACUCGCCUGGUUCCGGUGACCUUGACCAUUGGUCUCUGGUUGAUAGAUACGAUUUCUGGAGCUGGGCUAAAAUUGAAAGAUGUGACCAAUGCUAACAGGAUCCUCGUAGGAUACAAUCUGUGGACAGGACGAAUGUCUAACGUUGAGGCUUGCUGGACGCUAUGUUCUUACCUCCCUGGCUGCGCUUCCCUUAACUGGAUAGGUGAGAAGCAAGCCUGCCAACUGAAGACUCACCGUGAAGAAGAUUCCACCAGACUGAGCUUCUUCAUGGGAGGGGUGUACAUCAGAGGAACUGGUGAUUCUAGGACAGUGGAGAAGUGGGCAGUAGUGUCACGACACCAGCGGACAGCGGAGAAGUGGGCAGUAGUGUCACGACACCAGCAGGCAGUGGAGAAGAGGGCAGUAGUGUCACGACACCAGCAGGCAGUGGAGAAGUGGGCAGUAGUGUCACGACACCAGCAGGCAGUGGAGAAGGGCAGUAGUGUAACGACACCAGCAGGCAGUGGAGAAGAGGGCAGUAGUGUCACGACACCAGCAGGCAGUGGAGAAGUGGGCAGUAGUGUCACGACACCAGCAGGCAGUGGAGAAGUGGGCAGUAGUGUCACGACACCAGCAGGCAGUGGAGAAAAGGGCAGUAGUGUAACGACACCAGCAGGGAGUGGAGAAGAAGGCAGUAGUGUCACGACACCAGCAGGCAGUGGAGAAGAGGGCAGUAGUGUCACGACACCAGCGGACAGUACACUAGCUGGAACACGUGUAUCGCCGUCGACAGGAGGUGAAAGAUCCUUGACAUCAGCAGGCAGUGAUCAAAGCGGCAAAAGUGUCUCAACAACAGCAGGAAGUUAUGAAGGAGUUGUAAGUGUCUCAAUAUCACCAGGAAGUGUUGACGGAGGUGAAAAUGUCUCAACAUCAGCAGGAAGUGAUGAAGGGGAUGAAAGUAUCACAACAUCAGCAGGAAGUGAUGAAGGAGACGAAAGUGUCUCAACAUCAGCAGGAAGUGAUGAAGGAGGUGAAAAUGUCUCAACAUCAGCAGGAAGUGAUGAAGGAGACGAGGGUGUCUCAACACCAGCAGGAAGUUAUGAAGGAGGUGAAAGUGUCUCAACAUCAGCAGGAAGUGAUGAAGGAGGUGAAAGUGUCUCAACAUCAGCAGGAAGUGAUGAAGGAGGUGAAAGUGUCUCAACAUCAGCAGGAAGUGAUGAAGGAGGUGAAAGUGUCUCAACAUCAGCAGGAAGUGAUGAAGGAGGUGAAAGUGUCUCAACAUCAGCAGGAAGUGAUGAAGGAGGUGAAAGUGUCUCAACAUCAGCAGGAAGUGAUGAAGGGGGAAAGUGA